AUGGAGCUUUGGGCAGGAUUAAACGCUCGUAAAAAGUUCAUUUAUCGGAAACCUGACUCAAUUUCUACAAUUGCAAGCGACUACUACCCGGAAGACUUCGAAAAUCAAAUUGAAACUUUGAAGCAGGAGACAAUCAGCUUCCGUGAAUUUGCAAUUAAUGACAGUCGCUUUGAGAACACCAAGUCGAUCAACCAACUUAGUGUCACAAUGAUGGCUACAGGUGCACAUACAAUAUUUCCUACGCUGUACCGAGUGGUUCAACUAGUGUGUAUGCUACCAGUGUUAAUGGAGAGCGCUGAGCGCUCAUUUCAGUAA